UUCAAGCAUCUUUUUUAUGUGGGGAUAGUUGUGCAGUGAAUGCCAUCGCAAUGUCACUGCUAUCCUCUUCCCAGCUCCGCGGGGGGUCAGAACGGGCACGUACGGAACCUGGACUAGUAUGGUCGGAGAUUUUCCCAAGUCCCGCCCCUCUGUCAAAACAGCCAUCACUCAUAUAAAAGCCCGGUUUCUGGCCGGAGAGAGAGGACAAAGAGAGUGGGACAGAGCAGUGCACAAGUCCGCAUUUACCGACCCAGACCUUCACUUCAGACUCUCUUGUUGCGGCCACACGAUGCUGGCGGAGUUGCUGAUUAACGCGGCAGUUCCCCUGGUGCUGGUAUGGACGCUAUGGACGCUGUGGAAGCACUACUCUACCCAGGGGGACCCGGCCUGUGACCUGCCCCUGCCCAAGGGGAGCAUGGGCCUGCCGUUCAUAGGAGAAACCCUCGCCUUCGUCACACAGGGGGCAGACUUCAGCCGGAGCCGCCAUGAGCUUUACGGAGACGUGUACAAGACCCACAUUCUGGGCCGCCCGACCGUCCGCGUCAGGGGCGCCGACAACGUGCGCAAGAUUCUCCACGGCGAGAACACGCUGGUCACGACGAUCUGGCCAUACAGCAUCCGGGCGGUCCUCGGUACACAGAACCUCGGUAUGAGCUUCGGUGAGGAGCAUCGCUUUCGGAAAAGGGUCGUCAUGAAAGCCUUCAACCAAAACGCUAUGGAGAGCUACUUGAGAUCGACUCAGACGGUCCUGAGAGAAACAGUAGCGCAGUGGUGCGGCCAGCCGCAGCCAGUUGUCGUGUACCCGGCAUCCAGAGAGAUGGCGUUAAAGAUCGCUGCAGCCAGCCUGAUCGGCGUCCACACCGGCCAGGAGGACGCCCAACGGGUCACCGUCCUCUUCCAAAACAUGAUAGACAAUCUCUUCUCGCUACCAGUAAAGAUCCCGUUCGGAGGACUUUCGAAGGCCCUGAGGUAUCGACAAAUAAUCGAUGAGUGGUUGGAAGGCCACAUCAAAAGAAAGCAGCGAGACAUCGACAACGGUGACAUCGGCACUGACGCCCUCUCCCGUCUGAUCUUAGCGGCGCGUGAUGUCGGGCACGACCUCAACAGCCAGGAGAUCCAGGACACGGCCGUGGAGCUGCUGUUUGCCGGGCACGAGACCACGUCCAGCGCCGCCACCUCCCUCAUCAUGCACCUGGCGCUGCAGCCACAGGUGGUUCAGAAGGUGCAGGAGGACCUGGAGAAGCACGGGCUGCUGCAGCCGGACCAGCCUCUGAGUCUGGAGCAGGUCGGCAGGCUGACGUACGUGGGGCAGGUCGUCAAGGAGGUGCUCAGGAUCAGUCCACCUAUAGGGGGAGGCUUCAGGAAGGCUCUCAAGACAUUCGAACUAGAUGGCUUCCAGGUUCCGGCAGGUUGGACCGUCACGUACAGCAUCCGGGACACGCACGGGUCGGUCGGUAACGUGUCCAGUCCUGACCAGUUCGACCCGGACCGCUGGGCUGCCGACAGCGAUGGAAGCAGAAGGGGGCGCCAUCACUACAUCCCCUUCGGUGCCGGACCUCGCGCUUGUGCCGGGAAGGAGUUCGCCAAGCUGCAGCUGAAGUUGCUGUGCGUGGAGCUGGUGAGAAGCUGCCGCUGGGAGCUGGCGGACGGCAAGGUGCCCGCCAUGACAGCUAUACCUGUCCCACGGCCAGUCAAUGGACUCCCUGUCCAGUUCACUCCAUGCGAACCGAUAACGAACAACACGCUGUCAGACGCCACAGAACAGAACACAAAUUUGUCAGUUUGCUACAGCAGCAACGUACCUGGUCCCAGCCACACGUCACCAAAACAACAGGACUUUGACGCUCCUUGUCAGAUUGUGAUGGCACGAAAGUCGGAAGCAUGCGGGGCAUAGAUUAUGCAUAUAAAUAAAUGCCGCUGAAUAUAGAACUAUUAUAUAAUCAUUAACCACGUGUAUAUCACGUACAACUAAAGACCUUAUUUUGUUUGACAGGUCUCUAUG